AUGACUAAUAAAGAUAACUUACAGCAAGAACUCAAAGAGAAAAUUAGACCUGGCAUCAAAGCCAGUGAUUUAAAAAAACUCAAACGUUCUAAAAGUGCGGAUGAUAUUUCUUCUUCAACCUCUGCUACUAUCUCUUUAAAGAAAUCACAGUCUCAAUUAGAAAUACCAGUUAAUCAGACUACUCCUCAGCAACAAAUCACCCAAUUACAAGAAACAGUGAAAUUCCAUGCUCAAACUAGUCAAAACUAUCUCCAAUCGCUCCAAUUAGCCCAAGCCAAGAUUACGGAGUUAGAAGAAACUAAGGAAAAAGAUAAACAAAAGAUUACUAACUUAGAAGACCAAAUCCUUCAAUUAAGAUUAGAAAAGAUUAAAGACUUUGGCGAUUAUUUAGAAAAGGAAAACCUUUUAGAAACCGAAUUAGAACUAAAUAUAGAUGAAGGACUUCAAGAAAUUAAGAAAUUAGAAAACAAGUUAAUUGCCACUAAUAAAAAGAAACUAGAACUCCAACAGCAAUUAGGCCAAGAAUUAAGAAAGAUAUUAAGGGAAGAAUUUAUAAUUCCCGCCCAAAUUAGUUCGGUUCAAUUAGCUCGAGAUAUUAAUAUUUCAAGCAAAAUAAUCAGAGAAAUAGUUGCCGAAGCGAGAGACAUUGAUAAAGACAUUGCUGCUCGUUUAUCUUUAUAUUUUGGAACUGCCCCUGCUUUCUGA